AUGACCAAAAAGAGAAGAAACAACGGUCAUACCAAAAAGGGCCGUGGCCAUGUGCAGCCAAUUCGCUGCACGAACUGCACCCGGUGCGUGCCCAAGGAUAAGGCCAUUAAGAAGUUUGUCAUUCGGAACAUUGUAGAAGCCGCUGCUGUCAGGGCAUAUCUGAAGCAAGCAUCUUCGAUACCUAUGUAUCGAAGCUUGCUUCCCAAGCUCUAUGUCAAGCUGCAUUACUGUGUGAGCUGUGCCAUCCAUAGCAAGUUCGUCAGGAAUCAAUCCCAGGAAGCCCAGAAGGACCAGACACCCCCACCACGAUUCAGACCUGCUGGCGCUGCACCAGGACCUCCACCAAAGCCCAUGUAAAGAGGUGGUUUUGCAAGGGCGGAAGGAAAACUUCAUGGAAAAAUAAAAUGGAAGUUCUACUUUAAAAAAAA